AUGGUCCCAUCAAAGGAGGUAGAGGAGGCAGAAUUUGAGAAGUAUCCCAACAUAUGGACAUGCAUGUGUCGAGCCAUUAUCAAAGAGCCCGAUAGCAAAUACUUUCUAAGCGGUAUCACUGCACUUGAAGAAGGAUACCCUAAUCCCGGGAUUAUUCCAAAAAACCCCGGCAUGGCACGAAUUGGUGGGAGAAGACUUGAAAACCCCCGAUACGACGACACCUUCAUUCGAUUCCAUCCAGCAAUACUCGAAAGACAACCGAGAGAGUACAAACGCAAAAAUGUCGGAUUCGUUGUCCAUGCCCACUGCUGGGUUCUUCUUAACCACAUCAUACCAACGACACUGAUCGAGAGCAAAAUGGAGAAAUUCGUUCGCGCUGCCCGACAAUACUGGCGUAGCCGCGAAUCGUGGGGAGCUAAUGAUUAUCCGUUCAGGAUAUUGAAACGUAGGCAGACGAGACUUAGGAUUCGGUCGGGAUAUUGGCAGUGGAAGGAUUGGGAUCCAAAGGACUCCAAAUAUGCCUGUGAUAUUUACAGGAGUCCUCUCAUAGUGCCCGAAGUUCAAAGAGCAAUUGAAAGCGCAAGGAAGACCAAGAAGGAACGUGUGCAAUCCCGUUACAGUGACGUGCCAUUGGAAGUUGCGAUUAUGAUUGCCGAGCUCAUCUGCCCUGUUGACUAUACACCGGCUGAUUUGAAGAACACACGGAAUAUGCUUUCUGUAUUGCAGUGGACAUUGCCUGAUUGGUUUUGGAAGAGGCGGUUAAAAGAGGAGAUCUUCAUUGAGUUGAACUCACUCAGGGAGGCCAACUGUUCAAUCGAUUGGCAGGGCCUACGGCUUGAUUUGAUGGGUCUUGUUUUUGAUAAAAACUGGUAUGUUUUCAGCGGUUUGCCGAAUCGUGAGCGGGUGCUUGGCUUGAUGACGGGUAUCAAGUCGAAUUUUCUCGAAAAGUGUUGA